AUGAACGGCGACCUGAGCCUGUCGCGCUCGCUCGGUGGUCUGCGCAUAGCCAAUCCCGACAGCGACGACGACCAAGAAACUCCCACAACCCACCAACCCCAGACGCUGCCAUCCCAGAUUCACNACGCAGACGCAGACGCACCAGCAACCUCGCUCAACCCCUUCGACUCCCGACGAUCGACCCCCGUCUCCUCGCACUCGUCAGGUAGCACCAUCACCAAUCUAAAUCACUCACGUGGCUUGUCACAACUCUCGUCAAUACACCCACCCGACCACGACUCGCAUUCUCAAUAUGCUUCCUCGUUCCGCUCCAACGCUCCCUCACAUUCAGACUAUGCUCCCACUCACCUAGCCUCCGCCGACCUCUAUAAUUCCACCAGGCCCUACCGAGCCGCUUCGAGUGAUUCCGACCAGGUAUAUCGCCAACGUGCCGGCUCAUACGAGGCCCAGAUGCCUCAAUAUCCUCAACAUCCAACCAUGCCGUCCGCACGCAUGUCCAACAUGUACACACACCAGAACGUUUCGAGUACUUCUGCUCUUUCGCAGGCUUCAUCGUACAGAUAUCGUGACGACAUCUCUUCUCAGUCUGGAUUGGCUAGGAGUGCUUCGCGAGCUGCCGCCGCUGCCAUGGCUGGCCAACCCCCUGUUCGCUCCGCCAGCCGAAGUUACCGUGGUCCCGAUGGCCAGAACGUUAUGCCACCCAGAAGAAGCUCUAAGCGUGUUAUCUCUGGAUACGGCCCUGGUCCAUCAGGAUCUGUAUAUAGCAUCGAAGGCGGCCCACUACCCAGCAGUGAGGAGUGGAAGGAGCGUGGGGCUGCAGUCGCUACCAGACAAGAAGUCGAUCAGAACGGGAGACCUGUUUCCAAGAUCGUCAAGAAGGGUGUGAACGACUUUCACUUCGGUCGCACUUUGGGAGAGGGUUCAUACAGCACAGUCCUUGCUGCGACUGACCGUCAGAUUCAUCGUGAGUAUGCUGUCAAGGUUCUUGACAAGCGCCACAUAAUCAAGGAGAAGAAGGUCAAAUAUGUCAAUAUUGAGAAGGAUGCUCUCAACCGACUGACAGAACAUCCUGGCAUUGUCCGCCUGUACUAUACAUUCCAGGAUGAGCGUUCGUUGUAUUUUGUGCUUGACCUUGCCAACGGCGGCGAGCUGCUUGGUCAUCUGAAAAAGAUGGGCACUUUCGACGAAGACUGCACACGUUUUUACGGUGCUCAGAUUCUCGACUCAAUAGCGUACAUGCACUCGAAGGGUAUCAUCCAUCGAGACCUCAAACCGGAAAAUGUCCUACUCGACGAGCAAAUGCACACCAAGAUUACCGACUUCGGAACCGCCAAAAUCCUUGACAUCAAGUCCGCUAGCGGCAGCGGGAACGACGGUCCAGGCUCUGGUGAUCCCAUGGACGGCGCUGAGCAAGAGAGAGCGGUAUCGUUUGUUGGCACUGCAGAGUAUGUCAGCCCUGAACUGUUGACCGAUAAGAAUGCCUGCAAAGCAAGUGAUCUAUGGGCUUUCGGCUGCAUCAUGUAUCAGUUGCUUGCCGGACGUCCACCAUUCAAGGCUGGCAACGAGUAUCAGACGUUCCAGAAGAUUGUUGCUUUGGACUACCAUUUCCCAGAUGGCUUUCCUGGUGUGGCGCGGGAUCUUAUAGAAAGACUGUUGGUCCUCGAUCCGUCCAAGCGUCUACCUAUCGAACACAUCAAAUCACAUCCUUUCUUCGAGGGAAUCCAGUGGGGCAAAGGACUGUGGAAGCAGAAGGCACCACGUCUUCGAAGUUACAUGCCUGGUCCCUCUCAAUCUCAGCCUAUCAGACUUGAUGGUGGAGAUGCUAUGGGCUCAGCGCCUGCUCCCACCAUUCCAGGUAUCCCAACCGUUGGGAUUCCAAGCUCGCAUGCAGCUUCACCACCAACAGCUCAAUCCGUACAACAGAUGCCCCGGCCACAAUUAAGAGCUAUAACCGAGCUAGCCCCUCCCAGCCAACUCGACAUCGACUGGUCGCCUGUGUUAACUCGCAAUAACGAGAGAAUAAUAAAGCUGGGUAAUCUCAAUGUCAUCUCAUCUCCUGCUCCUCAUAGUCCUACAUCGAGAGGCGCCGAGGAAGCAUCGAGAAAAUUCUCAAGAUUCUUUGGUGGAGCCACGACCAAAAAGCGCCAACGACUUGUUAUGAUAACCUCUAGUGCGCGAGUCAUAAUUUGUGCUGCUGGAACCGAUGAAAAGAAGGCGAAGCUUGAUCUCAAUCUGCUCGCAAAUGGGACAUCAUGGAAAACGGUUCAAGACAACAAGGGCCUGACGGCCUUCUGCAUCGACACGCGGGACAAGCAUUUCUCUUUUGAAGAUCCUCGGGCAACCACAUCGGAUCCUGAGGGCUCCAAGUACUCUACCCAGGAGUGGAUGGAAGCCAUUGACCGCGCCAAAGAUGUGGCACUGUCGCAAUCCAUCGCAAACUCGUACUCGGGCGAGUCUCAGUAUGGCGAUCUGGCAUCGACCAUGUCCAGCCCCACUAGUGCGAGCGGUGGCGAUGGUGGGGGUGAACAGCAGUCCAUCCACUCUGUACGGAACACCUUACGCAAGGAGCCGGGAGACAAUGAGAGUGUCAAGAGUAGGAAACCACGUUUCAGCAAACGACACUCCAAGAGCGGACUGGCGGCAGUCUUCUAA